AUGGCCGAGCCUGCUCAGAAGAAAGCCCGAACCACCCGCACCUUCUUGUUCUCUUCGGAGUCUGUGAACGAGGGCCACCCAGACAAGAUCUGCGAUCAGGUCUCCGAUGCAGUCCUGGAUGCCUGCCUGAAGGUGGAUCCCAAGAGCAAGGUGGCCUGCGAGACCGCCACCAAGGACAACAUGGUGAUGGUCGCCGGGGAGAUCACUACCGGUGCAGCCUUGGACUACGACAAGGUUGUGCGAGGCGUCGUGGAGCAGAUUGGCUUCGACAGCUUCGUCGAUGACCUGUCCAGCGUGGACAGCAAGGGCUUGAGCUACAAGACCUGCGAGGUCUUGGUUCGCAUCAACAAGCAGAGCCCCGACAUCGCCGGGGGUGUGCACGUGGGCAAGGACGACAUGGAUGUCGGCGCCGGCGAUCAGGGUAUCAUGUUCGGCUAUGCCAGCGAUGAGACCUCGGACUGCAUGCCCUUGACCCAUUCCAUGGCUACGCGCCUGGGCAAGACGCUGACAGAGGUCCGCAAGAGUGGAGAGUGCUGGUGGCUCCGCCCGGACGGCAAGACCCAGGUGACCAUCGAGUACUUGCAGCAUCCGGAUGGCUCCGUUGAGCCCAAGAAGAUCCACACCGUGGUCAUCUCGACUCAGCAUGCGGAGCCCUCCAAGGCCAAGCGCACACAGGAGUGCGCUGGCUACAAGGGUGCUGAGAUGACCGCGCCAACGAUGGAGCAGAUGAACAAGGAGAUCGAGGAGAAGGUCAUCAAGCGCACCCUUCAGUCCAUCAAGCUGAAGAACGGCCAGCAAGCCAUCAGCCUCUAUGGCGCCCACACGCACCUGCACAUCAACCCUUCGGGCAAGUUCAUCAUCGGUGGCCCCCAGGGCGAUGCGGGACUGACCGGCCGCAAGAUCAUCAUCGACACCUACGGAGGCUGGGGAGCCCAUGGUGGUGGCGCUUUCUCCGGCAAGGAUCCCACCAAGGUGGAUCGCUCUGCGGCCUACAUUUGCCGACAGAUGGCCAAGUCCGUGGUCAACAGCGGGCUGAGCGCUCGCUGCCUUGUUCAGCUGUCCUACGCCAUCGGCGUGGCCAAGCCUCUGUCGCUCUUCGUGGAGACCUACGGCAGCGAGAAGGGCGCACUUUCCGUCGACGACAUCACGAAUCUGCUCAAGAUCGAGUUCGACUGCCGACCUGGUGCCAUCGCUCAGAGCUUGGCGCUCCGGGAGCCCAAGUACCAG